GUCAAUGAAGAAAUGCUCUGCAAAGAAUUUGCCACCUAUGGAUCAAUUGCAAGCGUAAAAAUUAUGUGGCCUCGUACUCAAGAAGAAAAAGAUAGAAAUAGAAAUUGUGGAUUCGUUAGUUUUAUGGAUAGGGAAUCUGCCGCACAAGCACUGAAAAAUAUGGAUGGAAAAGAAUUACUUGGAUAUGUGAUGCGAGUUGGUUGGGGAAAAGCUGUCCCAAUUCCACCAAAACCAAUAUUUGUCUUGGCUGAAAAUUCCAGACCUCCGCCCAGCGGCAUGCCUUUCAAUGCUCAAGUUGUACAUUCAAAAGCACCAACAGGCAUGUUUUUAAUAACCAAUCAAGCAGCUAAAGGACCUCGACUUGAAGUACAAGUCGCAAAGCCAGAAGAUCCACAAAUAGUAAAAAUAAUACAUCGUAUGGUCGAACGUGUAGUAAAAUACGGACCUCCAUUCGAGGCUUUGAUAAUGGACCGAGAAUGGAAUAAUCCCAAAUUUGCGUUCCUAUUUCAAAACGAAUCAAUUGAACAUGUAUAUUACCGCUGGAAAAUAUAUUCGAUACUUCAAGGUGAUCCAAAGAAUAAAUGGAGAACCGAGGCUUUUCACAUGUUUGAUGAAGGACCGAUAUGGGUUCCUCCGGAAAUACCAUUUGAAGAAGAUGUAGUGGAUGAGCUUCUGGAUUCGGAUGAAGAAGAUGAACGAGAAAGGCUUCGAGUUCCAAAAGAUAUAAUAUGUAAAACGCUUACUCUAAAGGAAACACCCGUUCCCACCAAAGUUGCACGACUAUAUCUUGUAUCAGACAUAUUGCAUAACAGUAGCGUCUCAGUGCCAAAUGCAUGGAAAUUCAGGACUGGAUUUGAGACUAGGUUACCAGAAAUUUUUGAACAUUUCAACGAGGCAUAUAGGUCAAUCACGGCAAGGUUGAAAGCAGAGACUUUUAGGCGUCAGAUUACUACUUUACUAAGCGUCUGGGAGAAUUGGAUUGUCUUUCCGCAACCGUACAUUGAAUCCUUAGCAAAUACAUUUAUGAAGAAUACUAAGGAAGGAGAAGCACCAAUAACUUCAGAUGAUGCUAUGCAAAUAGCUCAACCACCACCAUUGGAUAUGGAAACGGAUGACCUUGAAGCAAAUAAUGGUGAUGAUAGCACAAUAAGACAGCCACAGAUGCAAGACGUGGCGAAUCCUAGUGUGACGAAUAGAUGGGAUUAUAAUAUACAAUAUCAACACUCACAUCAAACAAAUCAAGAGGAAGAAUCGAUCAAUCAGGCUACAAACAAUUCACGCCUUUUUCCAGAAGGGCCCCCUCAACCCUUAUGGCGAAGGACACGGAUAGAAGAAGAGGAAGUGGAUGACAUUUUUGCAUGA